AAAGAAAGAAAGAAGAACUCACAGUUUGUUUAGAUGUUCAGCUGCUGCGUCUUUAAUACAUUUCUGUCACUUCUCUGUUUCUAUUCUUGAUGAUUUCCUCUCUUUCAUGACAGCAAACCAAACGUUUUCUCUUUGUUUUGACAAGAGCUUUAAAUAUCCUGUUUCAGGAGUCUUAUUGAGUUUUUGUGUUGAGAUGUUGAAGAUGAGUUUGCAGGUGGAUUUGAUGUGCUGUAAAUCAGUAGGAACUGAUCUGUCCAUGCUGGAUAUUGAUGAUUUGAUGACAGAAAUCUCUCAGCUGAAGAAAGAGGUGGCGUUACUGGAGGCAAAGCUGAGGGAAAGAGGAGAUCCACUGAACGGAGAGGAGCUGGAGAAGGUUUCCUGUCAAUCUUCAGUGUGUGUGACUGAUGGGACCUCCACAGAAUGUCAGGAUUCAGUGUGGAGCGUCAGAGAUCAGAGAUCCAGAGACACACAGGACUCAGAGCUCAGCCUCACUUUACUCUGUUAUACUGACACUCAGGAGAGUGUGUGUGACAGUAAUCAGGGUGAUCAAACCUCCACAGAGUCUCUGGCUUCUGUCUGUAACGCUGGAGAACAGCAGAUGCUGCAGAUACCAUUGAAGAUGUGUUCAGUGAAGCUGCUGGACUGCAGGAACAUGAUGGAGAUGAGAGGAGAAACCACAGCAGAGGAACAACAUGAUGAUCACCAUGAAGAUGAAGAUGAAGAUGAUGAUGAGGAUGUGUAUUUUAUUAUUGCAGAUAACAGUGAUUCAUCUUCUGAUGGAGCAACGGCUUCUACAUCAAAACAGCGUUUGACAGCAUCUGGUAAAAGAGUGUCACAGGCACGUUUAGUGAGACGCGAGAGAAGAUGCACUGAAAAGAAAUUCUUCAAAUGUAGGAGAUGUGGGUGCAGCUUUUCUACCAAAGAAGAGAAGAAACUUCAUUCAGAAGUGCACAGAAGAGAGGGGCUCCACUGUGAUCAGUGCGGGAAGAUUUUCUCAGCUCCUUCUACUCUACAAAUUCACAUGAGGUCACACAGUGGUGAAAAGCCUUUUCAAUGCAGUGAGUGUGACAAGUGUUUCACAACGAAAGGAAGUCUUGUUGCUCAUAAGAGAAUACACACAGGGGAGAAACCAUACAAGUGUCCUCAGUGUGAGAUGGGAUUCAGCCAUGGACCCCAACUUAAGAAACACUUGCGUAUGCACACCAAUGAGAGGCCGUAUCAGUGCGGCGAAUGUGGGAAAACAUUUACGCAGUCAUAUAGUCUACAAUCGCAUCAGAAAACACACUCUGAGGAGAAACCCUAUCAAUGCUCCCACUGUGAUAAACGUUACCGUCAUAAGUCUCAGCUGAUAAUCCAUGAGAGAAUGCACACUGGAGAGAAACCUUAUCUCUGCUCUCACUGUGGUAAGAGAUUUUCUGAUCCAGGUGAUUUGAGAGUUCAUCUGAGAGUGCACACGGGAGAAAAGCCUUAUCACUGUAGCAUUUGUGGGAAGAAUUUCAGUAAACAUUAUAAUUUAAAAAAGCACCAGAGGACACAUACUGGAGAAAGACCUUAUAAAUGCACUCUGUGUGACAAAACAUUUGCCUACCAAGAUGUCCUGAAAACCCAUCAGAGAGUGCAUACAGGAGAGAAACCUUACAGAUGCUCUAUCUGCGGGGACAGAUUCACUUAUUUAGGAUGUUUAAAUACUCAUCAGAAGAAACAUGGUAAAAAUCAUUAAAACAAUAUUUCACCCAAAAAUGGAAAU